CUGCGCAGCAGUUGCCCCUGGCCAAACUUCACCCAGCGAUCGCCAGAGGCCCCGGCAGCCCGCCAAGUGCUUCCAAAUCUCCCUUACGCAAAACCAGAAUCAGCCGGUGCCUCGCACACAUGGGCAGAGCGCGCCGACUUGCAAGCGGCCAGAGAUGGGCCGGCGGUGCAGGGAGUUGGUGGAGGAAGAUCACGCCGAGGCGAAGUGCCCUGGGGACAAAAGGGCAACGCUCGGGGGUCGAGGCCGGCGGGGGAAUUAAGCCCCCACCCACUCCCGACCCCGCUUCCCUGCGUCCCUCCCCCGACACGGGCGAGGAGAGCUCCGGGCGGGCGCCUUGCUGAAGAUGCCACUCCAGACUGCAGCAGUCCCGGGGACUCCGCCGCGGGAAGCAGCAGCAGCAGCGGAUCCGCCGCGCUCGAGAGGCGCCCGGGAGUAAGCGCGGCUCCCUCCGGGGAUACUCAGUGGAAAAUGUACGCCAGUCGCGAAGAUGUUGGCUAUGAUUUUGAAGAGGAUUCCAAAGACAGGGAGAAGAAGCUUAUGGCGAAUCCAGAUGUUGAUGGUGGAUGGGCUUGGAUGAUUGUCCUUUCUUCUUUCCUGGUGCACAUACUCAUCAUGGGAUCACAAAUGGCCCUUGGUGUUCUCAACAUGGAAUGGCUUGACGAAUUCAGCCAAAGUCGAGGCCUGACAGCGUGGGUCAGCUCCCUUAGUAUGGGUAUAACCUUGAUUGUAGGUCCUUUUAUCGGUUUGUUCAUUAACACCUGCGGUUGCCGGAAGACAGCAAUAGCUGGAGGGAUCUUGACUGCUGUAGGAUGGAUACUGAGUUCCUAUGCCUCAAAUGUACAUUACCUCUUUAUAACGUUUGGGGUUACAGCUGGUGUUGGGAGUGGGAUGGUAUACCUGCCUGCUGUGGUCAUGGUAGGCGAAUACUUUGAGAAGAGAAGAGCACUUGCCCAGGGACUCAGCACAACUGGGACGGGGUUCGGUGCUUUCCUGAUGACAGUUCUGCUGAAAUACCUUUGCAUGGAGUUCGGCUGGAGGAACGCAAUGUUCAUCCAGGGAGCGGUCUGUCUGAACCUGUGUGUUUGUGGAGCGCUCAUGAGACCAGUUUAUUACAAAGAGGAAGCCGCUGAAAAAAGCGGAGAGGGAAACGUCAGCAAGAGCCAUGCAAAAGCUCUCUCUUGCUCUGCAGAAACACUGGCAUCCAAUGGCAUCUUACAGGAAGAAGCAAAAGAAGGGCAAGGUAAGGAGGAAAAGUCUGACAUUUUUUCAGACUUGGAAAACAAAGAUGCAACCAGACACUGGAAGAAUAUCUAUGCUCUUUGCGUGCUGAAGAGGGUGAGUCAGCUGACUCUUACAAUCCAGAAAGGCUUUCGGACCUGGUAUUCUAGUUACUUUGGCGCUGCAUCCCUCUUCACCAACAGAAAGUUUGCAGCCUUUGUGUUUUGGGCCUUAUUUGCAUACAGCACUUUUGUUAUCCCUUUUAUCCAUCUUCCGGAAAUAGUGAAGCAAUACGGCCUAUCUGCACAGAACGAUGUAUUCCCUUUGACCUCAAUUAUUGCCAUUGUCCAUAUUCUUGGCAAGGUCAUCCUUGGCAUCAUUUCUGAUUCACCCUGCGUCAGUGCUUGGAAUGUCUUCAUGGCAGCCAACUUCACUCUCGUCUUCUGCAUUUUUGUUUUACCACUAAUGCACACAUAUGCUGGGCUCGCUGUGGUCUGUGCCCUAAUAGGAUUUUCCAGUGGAUAUUUUUCACUCAUGCCUGUUGUUACUGAAGAUUUAGUUGGGAUUAAGCACCUCGCAAAUGCCUAUGGAAUCAUCAUAUGUGCUAAUGGGAUUUCAGCACUCCUGGGACCACCUUUUGCAGGCUGGAUUUACGACCUGACACAAAAAUAUGACUUUUCUUUCUACAUAUGUGGCUUGCUUUACAUGGUGGGAAUCCUCACUUUGCUCAUACAGCCUUGUAUUGGAAAGAUAAAGCCAUCACCGGCAAAAAACAGAGAAGGUGGAAAAGUAUAGCACAAUGUACUGAGAGCUUUUUUAAACAGAACGUCAUUUCAUCAUUUGGUUUUCCGGAAAUGGUACCAAACAGUACAUCUAAUGGGACCAGCUGGAGUGAAAGUCAACAUCUUUGGACAGUAAAUAAAGCUCACACUGCCACUAUCAACGGACUAGUGGAAACAAGACUACAGCUGGUAGUUUUAUUGGCACCUUUUCAAAAGCUGAACAUCCAACUGACAUAAUGGUGCAGCUUUGAUCAGUAGCUGAAAAUCAGUUCUAUUGUUAUUCACAGAGGUUUGACACAAGCACAAUUCAGCAGACUGGAAUGCAGUUACUCCUUAUUUACGCUAACAGGGGGAAAAGGGGGGGGGGGGAAUAAUUAGCCCCAUUAGGAAUCACACAUAUGAGAAUCAUCUCUAUUGGUUAUUCCAACUGUUGAUAAAUUAGUUGUUGAACAUCAGCCAGACGCCAACCUGUGACAUGUUACUACACAAAUUAAUGACAGUUUCUGGGGAACCUUUGGCCCUCUGGAUGCUGUUAGACUCCACUGCCCAUGAACCCCAGCCAGCUUGGUCAGGGAUGAUGGGAGUUGUAGUUCAGCAAUAUUUGAAGGACAGUAUGUUCCCAACUCUUGUUUUAAGGACUCAAGAUAAUGAAAAUGGUGUGUUUUUUAUUAUUAUGGGAUAAAUGAUUUGUGUCUGCAGACCAUGGAGCAAUUUAUUCUAUUUGCGCUAGCUUAAAUAACCUUGAGAUACCAACAUGGGAAAGAAGGAACAAUGGCAACAAAAGCCCAAAGCUUUAAGGUGGUUACUAGUGGGGAGCUACAUCAUGGUUCUUAGAAUAAAAGGAUCAGUAGUGAGGCUGAAGAUUCACUGCUGCUGAUUUUUUGUUUACAUAUUUAGCCAAAAGGUAGCUGCCAGUCGGAUUGGCCUGACAGUGUCUGUGGAUCCUAGGUCAACUGCAGCAGUUACUAUUAGUCCUAGUUGCAGAGGUACAGUGGUGCCUUUUCCUCUGCAGAGUUCAAUUCCAGUUUUUCUUGCAGCAGUAUUAUCAGUUAGGAUAACAGAAUAGGUGGAAAUGAUGAUUGUUUAUUUAAUUUCACAAGAGUUGAUAGGAGCAGCUCAGAAUCGCCUUCCGUGGCUUUGGUUAAAUUAGCACAGCCAGAGCAUGCCAUACCUCAUAUGUCAGAUCUCUUCCCCCCGUGUAAUUGCUAUGUCACAUGCCUAUGCUAAACAAGCAAGGCUGGAACAUACAGCCUGCUGAUGUUAAGGGGGACCAAUCAUGACCUCUGCAAAUGCAGCACUAAGGAUUGUGGCACUCUUCACCAUCUCAAUUUCCCUCCCUAAGAUUAAAUAGCUUCUUCUGUAGUGCCCCCCUGCCAUACAGCAAGCUGCCCCUGUUUGUGCAUGGGAAACAGCUUCUGAAGCUCUGCAACCAAGGGACAAAGCUAGUUCCCAAAAUUAGCACUAAGGCGUUAAGGUCUACCAUUGUCCUAGCUCUUGGAAGUCCAGUGUAUGAUUCUUUUCCCUGCCGCAUUAUGCCUCAAAAGCAGGAUUGGAUUGUAAUAACGAAAUAAUUUAGAUGUGGAAGUGUUUCUGUCUAAUUGUAAAAUACAGUAAGGACUAUGCUGCACAUCAAAAUGCAAACAUGCCAAAAAAAUUCUAGGCACAGCAGCUUUAGUGCAGGGUAUUUUUUGGGGGGUGGAGAAGUGGAUGAUUAAUUCUUUUCAGGCUGACUGCUUUUAGAGCUGGAACUUCUUUCCCUAAGAUACUUUUCUAGGAUUCCAGAUGGUGCUUAUCUUGCAGUACAUGACUUUAGAAUUGCAGGGACCUGUUGCAGCAAAAUGAAAAAAAUCAAAAGGGGUUAAGCAUCCCAAAUCUCUGCUGCUUCUCCACUGCAAGUUGUUCCCUUCUGAAGAGGCUUAGAAAACAUUUAGCCUUUGGUGUACUGCCUUCCACUACUGUGGAGAACCAUCUUAUCUCUCUGUGAUUUUUGCCAAAGACAAUCUCGUUGUAUGUCAGCUAGAAAGAAUCUUUAGUGUUCACUUAACUGCCUCCCAAAAAGUUGCAGUUUAACAUUCCCUCAGAGGGUUUUAGUCUGGAAAAAAAUUGUUUCCAAAUGCAUACAGAAAUCCCUGGCUGUCUUAUUGUUUGUGUAAUUUACUGUACUGUUUUUAUUUUUAUUGUGUAACCUCAAGGAGCCACUUUCUCAGGGCGAAAUUUAUCAAGGGUAUAUAUUUUGUCUGAGAAGCAACUCCUUAGAAUAUAAUACAGAAUGUUCGAUUAUAUAUACAGAGAACAAAAUACAUACAUUGUAAUCCUGAAUAUGGCUUUUCCAAACUGUGUUGUAUGGGUUUUUGUUUUUGGUAGUGAGCACAGCAAACACUUUAAGUGCAUUACGUUUUUAAAAAUUCUGAGAACAUGGUGGGGCAGUAUAGAAUUGGCUGGUUCACACAUUUACCCAGUUAGUGAUCCCUUCCAUGUGGUAGCAGAGGAAGUGCUUUUAUCUAAAGCAGUGUUUCCCCAACUUUUUGAACUCAAGUCACUUCUCCAGAAUUUACUCUACCCUCUGCUGUUGACAUCCCUGCACCAGUCUCUUGGGCUGUUCCAUAUGUAAACAAUAGAAAUCCUUGUACACGUGUAUACCUUUCCCUAUAUAGGGAUCUUGCUAUAUGUACUGAAAACCUGGCAUUAGAAGAGGAACAGAACAUCUGUUUUCCUCAUAAAGUCAUGCACAGCAAAACAACAUCAGAAGAAAGCAGCAUUCUGAACUCUUCUUUCCAAAUUGCACCCAGACGAUGAUGCACCAGUCAUCAUCUUCUGCCAGGGGGCAUUUAAUUCACCUAUUUCUUCAGAAUUCAGCCCCUCUUUGGAACAUUGCCCCCCCCCCCCCGCUUUACCAGGCCUUUCACUAGCCAAAGGAGGUCUGUGCUACACUCUGAGAAAUACUAAGCUAAGGUAACGUAUAGCAUGGGCACUACACAUGGAGAUGGAAUUUGCACUAUUCUUCCCUUUCAAAACGAGGAAAGGGAACACAAACCACAGAGCAAUCAUAAUGGGGGGUUGGAGGAACUGAGCAGCUAAUUCUCCAUUGGCUUUUGGAUCCAGUCUUUUGUGGGGAGGAGUGGAUCUGGCGCCAUAAUGCCCUACUUUUGGAGCUUUCUGCUGGCUAUUGCUGAUGAUAGCUUACUGCCUACUGGGCUGGAGGUGGGUAUUCCACUGCAGCAGAGCCACGUCCAUUAGGGACAUUCUUCACUGGUGGGAGACUGGUGCAUCCUAACCCGAGCCAUCAAUGUUGUGGGAUGUAGGAUUGCACCAUCAGGAUACAGAUAUAUGGGUCUCCUGCAGAACAUGUUCCUUUGGAUGUGGUGAAGAGGGAUGAUUUCUGGUACAAAAGGGUUAUUUCUGGCCAGGGAAGUAUGUGAAGCAGCCUAAUGUUUGGUGCUUUGCAAUCAUUUAUCUCUCAACUAUUUUAUUAAGGGUGCUUAUUUUUGUGUAAAUUAAAUUCUUGUUUAAAUAUGUAAGUGCAACGCUGGAAUCUUAAGAAAAUGUAGUACUGUAAAAGGAAAAUAAUGAUAACAUGUACUUCAAUGACAGCUUUUGUUUUGUUGUUGGAAUGCUACUGGUAAUUUUAUGGAGACGUCUCACAAAUUUAAUUAUAUGAAAAGCGGAUGUUUA